AUGAAAUACCUUAUUGAGCAUUUGCCUCGAAUUGGGACUAUAGUGGUCAUUUUAGAAGAUUUUAAUAACGUCCGCGUAGAGCAUUUACGGUCUGAAAGCGUGGAGUUGGUGGAUAGCAAUGGAAUGACUACAAUUUUGGAACUACCUCAUCGCAUAGACAUAAACAGUGGCAGAAAAGGCUUACAAAAGAAUGAAGGAGGGGUCAAAACUCUGCGUUUGAAGGCAACUAGAGAUGUGGAGAAUUCCGAGGAUUAUAAAGACCGUUCCAUCAAUAGGGCAAUGCUGGCAACGCCUCAAAGGUGGAUGCGCAAAGACCUGCUGGCACCUACCGCAUUCGAUAUUGAGUGCCGGGCGUGUAAUGGCUCUUUAAUUUCCAGUAAGGACUGCUCGGCUAUAAACGAAUUGCCGUCUGAGUUUUGGGCCGAACUUAUGGACUACUGGCAUUGUCACAAACCCACGGUUCAACAUUCAGUUCAGGUUGAUCGCUACAGCAAACUUAAUCCGCGCUCGAGCGAACUCCUGGUAGGAAAUUCGGUGUUCUGUGUGAACAGUACGUGGGUGACAGCGAAACUGUCUUUCACGGCACGCUACGUACGCUGUUCAAAAUGUAACCACACUGUUGGUCAAGUCUCUCAAGAUGGACACCUUUACAACAUCAACAAAUGGAACACACGUCUAGUGAAGGGUGAAGGUGUAGAGUAUUUCUCGCCGGAGCUGCAUGUUACGGCGAUACUGGUCAAUGCGCUUAAUUCCAACGGCACCCGCAAGAUCCUAUUGAAAAACGCGCACAACGAGUGCGGCAUACUCAUUUGGAUGUUCGUUGUUGGUUUAAACGUAACAAUGACCGGAAAUCAAACCUUCAAAAAUUGCAUAAAAGUUUACUAUAAACGCACCGUAGACGCCCCGUCUUUGAGCAAGGCACAAAAUAUCGAAAGUUUUGUGAUUGACAGCGUUCCCCUUCAACACUUCUCGCAAAAAUUGGAUGCUGUCAAUGCACAGCUGCCCCAUUUCUUGAAGACUAUGGACUCAUGGAACUUGAGUUUUCUGCAUUGCAGCUAG